AGGAGGAGGGGUCUUCGGACCGCACAACGAUGUCCAGGCGUCGAACCUGGUCUACUCCUCCACCGUCCGCUCCUGCUGCAGCUGCUGCUCGUGAUUUUCUUGCCGACACUGCUGCUGCUGCUGCAGUUCCACCUCCUUCUCCAGCUCCUCCUCAUCCACCACCACCUCCUCCUCCUGCUGCACCAUCCUCUGCCGGCACGGCCACGACUACUCCCACGACUGCUGCUACUGCUGCUACUGCUGCACCGUCCGUGCUGCAUCAUCGCCGUCGCCAUGGGCGUCUGCGAGAGAGGGGUUCAAACCCUGCUCACGACCGGAGGCGCGUUUGCUGCCUUCGGCCUCAUGAGCAUCGCCGUGGGUACAGACUUCUGGCUCUACUCGAGGGGCAACUGCCGCAGCAAGGGUGGCGGAGGGGAAAACGACACGAGUCGUAAGAACGAGGAGGUGCUCACACACUCGGGUCUGUGGCGGACCUGCUGUUUGGAAGGCUCUCUGAAGGGGCGCUGCAAGAAAAUUGAUCAUUUUCCUGAAGAUGCCGACUUCGACUCAGCCGAGUAUCUGAUGCGCGUGGUGCGAGCCUCCAGUGUGUUCCCCAUACUGAGCGUGGCGUUGCUUCUCUUUGGGGGGCUGUGCAUCGCCGCGAGCCGCUUCUACAAAUCCAAGAACAACAUCGUGCUGAGCGCGGGGAUCUUUUUCGUCUCUGCAGGUCUCAGCAACAUCAUCGGCAUCAUCGUCUACAUCUCGGCCAACGUGGGCGACCCCAACCAAAGCCAGUCGAAGAAGAACAACUACUCGUACGGCUGGUCCUUCUACUUCGGCGCGCUCUCCUUCAUCGUCGCCGAGAUGGUCGGCGUCCUCGCCGUGCGCAUCUACAUCGACAACCACCGGCUGGAGCGGGCUCGCUUCCGCCCCGACUUCCUGCGCAAGUCGGCCGCGUCGUCGUCGUCGGCGGCCGCGGCGGCCGCGGCGGCCGCUCGAGUCCCGGCCGCCUACGUCUACCGCUACCGACGCCGCUCGCGCUCGCCAUCGCGCUCGCGCUCCCGAUCUCGCUCCAGCUCGCGCUCGAGCGAGGCGCCGCUGUCGUCCCUCCACCAGCAGCAACAGCAGCAGCAGCUGCACCAGCAGCAGCAGCAGCAGGGUUCCAUGGGCAUGCCCAUGUCGAUGCAAAUGACCAUGCCGCUGCAGAUGACCAUGCCGCUCUCCAUGCAGAUGACGAUGCAGCAGCAGCAGCAGCAGUCGCGCUCGCGCGACGGUUCGCCCGUCGCGGCCAAGGGCUUCUCCUCCGUGGCCUCGCAGGGCCUGCAGGCCGCGGCGGGCCAGCAGGCCACGGCAGUUGCGGGCCAGUCGCAGGCGUCGGCGGGAGACAUCGCCAUGUACACGCUGGGGCGCGGAGACGCCGGCGGGAAGCAAGUUGGAGGCGGAAAUGUGGCGGUGGCCGGUGGCGGCGGUGGCGGCGGCGGCGGUGGAGGAGGAGGCGGGGGAGGGCCCUUCAACAAUUCAGGAGGAGUUGGAGUAGGAGCGGGAGGAGCUGCCGGGAUGAACGUGGGCGGGGAGGGAGGAUUCGUGCAACACUCGCACAACUGCGUGCACAAGGAGAUGCAGGACACCCUCACGUCGACCAUCACGAACCGCAGGACCACGCCGGUGUGACGGGGGCCCUCCUGCUCCUCCUCCGCCUCCGCCUCCUCCUCAACAUCCUGCUCGUCGUCGCGGGAAUCCAGGAUGGGCUGCGUAACAACGACCGAGUGGAACUUUUCACGUUUGUAUCUAUCAUUUUUUUUCCUUCAAGCUUCAGAAAUCCGAGUGCGUGCCCCGGUAGGCCUAGGCAGUUCCGGCGCGGCUCGUGAGGCGCCAUGGUUUGGUGGCUUUUUUUUGCCCUUCCACUGCAGAAGCCGAGCCGAGCCGCCGACUUCACGAACGAGUUGACGCGCGAGGAGACGGCGCGACGACGAGUUCGUGUGCCCACGGAAUGGGUCGAGGCGCACGUUGGCCACGCGGCGACACCGUCUGUGUGCCCAUCACCACCUCCACCCCCACCCCCACCGCAUCCGUAUUGGACGACGUCACGCGACGCCACGAACGCGGUCAUUCGCCCCGCCCCUGGCCCUGCUUGGCCCCCCACCUCCGGGGGCGUGUCACGGUUUCGGUUCUGGCUCGCUAAGGGCGAAUGGACAGGGACGAGCUGCCAUGCCGUUACCGCCUGUGGGAGCCACCGUGCUGGCUCGGCUCGGGUGAUGUGCCAGUGGAAAAAAAAAAAGGACGCUGCCGUUGUGUUUCCCCAGCGGUGGCCGCGUUGAAAAGGUAAAGGCGGAGCCCUGCAAUUGCGCACUUGCGCCACUGCUGGGCUGAAGGGUGUGCCUCCUCGUCUCAACCUCCUCUUGGCCAGACAUCUAGGAAGAGGUGGGAGUGACGAUGCCGUCUGCUAGCGUCUAUCGCGCUUUCAGCAGUGUGUGUUGAGGUCUGGUCACUGGGUGUUGAGAUCUGGUCACUAGGGUGUUGAGGUCUGGUCACACUGAGUGAGGUCUGGUUACACUGAUUGAGAUCUGGUUACACUGAGUGAGAUCUUGUUACAGUGAGUGUUGAGAUAUGUCCACUGGGUGUUGAGAUCCGGUUAAUGGGUGCUGAGAUCUGGUCACUGAGUGUUGAGAUCUGGUCGCUGUUGAGAUCUCGGCACGCUAUGCGCUGAGGAUCAUAUUGGAAAUCAGGUUGAAAGUUUAUGCAUAUUUGUGACCACUUGGGCUUCAUUGAUGUGUUGAAUAUAAAGUCAUUGCCUGUAAAUAUUUGGCCAAAACAUCAGCGGAACAAACUGCCUGUCCGAGAACGCAUGCGUUCAACUCUACCGUGGAUUGUGGAACUCAAUGCGCGCACAGCAACUAUUUUUUUAUUUAACCAGGAGCAACCCGGCUACCACAAAUGAUAGCUCAACGAAGUGGCUUAUCGCCGUGUGUAAACUUAUCGCAGCCAAAUACUCCAAACGCAUGUCGAUUCUAAACGUGGAGGGGACAAACCGGAGGGCACCUGAGAAAAAUCCACGCGACCACGUGAAGAGGGUCACGGGAUCGAACCCACGACCUCCUGUGUGCCAGGCGAGGUAGUUAACAUCUCGCCACAGCGGCACCCCUAUGGCAAGUAAGCGCAGGGCUCAACGUGAGAAUGUCCUGUCACUCUUAAACUCGCCCUUGUGUGAUACUGUCGAGCAGCGCUCCCCAAACUUUUUGGCACCAGGGAUCGUUUUUUUCACGGACGGGGGGGGGGGGGUCAUCAUUGGGUCUUUCCCCCUUUUCAAAGAAGCUCUCCAGCGACGUUUGUUUUUUACUCAUUUUGGCUACUAGGGGUUAGCAGCUUGUGGGCUUAGCAAAACUGUGACUGAGACGAGCGCGCGGUGUGGGAAAAAGGCGCGGACGGAAGUGGAAAAUAACAAAAUAAUUGGGGCGGGCCAUGCGCGAACUCAAGUUUCAAGUUUCAUUUAUUAGGUAUAGCCCUGUGAGCCAUUCGGCUCUUGAAUCGGGUGCAACCGCAACAAACAAAAAAGCUAAAACAUGAACAAGAAAACAUCUUACUCACCGCUCUCACCUCCUGCUGUGCGGCCCGGUUCCUAACAGGCCACGGACCGGUACCGGUCCGCAGCCCCGGGGUUGGGGACCGCUGCUGUAGAGGAUAUCGCUGGAACUCUCCAAACCAUAGCCACGGAACUCUCCAUGGGUUUACACCAUUGGAACCUCAUUUGCCAGUAAAAACAUAUUUUUACUGGCAAAUGAGGUUCCAAUGGUGUAAAUGCUUUCCCCGAGCUCUUAUACUCUGAUGGUGCAUUGUCUUUGAGUUGUGCGUCUUUUGGCGUCAUCUGGUCCAACACCAUGUGAGACUAGGCUCUAAGGAAAGCUGUCUCGAGUGUGGACCAAUCAACUUCAAGGACAGUGCAUAUCAUUAUCAGAGUUAUGUUUUUUGUUUGUAUUAUGACUGCAGGUAUUGUGGUCUAUGCAAACAUGACUCCUUGUAAAAAAGGUGUCAGUUUUGUUAGCAGGUAAAAGGGUAAAAAACCAAUUAUCUCCAUGGGUUGUUGCCACGCUGUGAUGGUCGCUCCCUGAUGCUCGUGGAACUUGCCGGAAAAGCCCUCCCAGUUGCCCGCCACUCGCCGGUCAUGUUCUCUCGAUUGCAAUCCAUCACAUCCUAAACGCUUACGUUUGCAAGCAUUAAAGACACGUACAUAUAUCAUUCCUUGAACGACGGUUUCUUGUGGGGUUAGAUCGCGUAAACAUAAAUGUGUCUUCUUGGUUCUUUCGGUAAAGUCACGUAGAAGGGAAAUAAUAAAAUAAUAAAAAUAAAACAUAAUAAAAUAAUUCUCACGACGUUUCGGCCACAACGCAAGCAGCCAUCCUUAGGUGGAGAAUUAUUUUAUUAUGUUUAAUUUUUUUAAUUUUAUUAUUUCCAUUCUACGUGACUUUACUGAAAGAACCAAGAAGAUGAAUCCCUGCAGUCACGAAAGCUUUACAUCGAAAUAUAAAUGUGUCGUUAAACCGACCACCACCCGACACGGCCAAUUAGUAAGGUUUGUCACGUAAACAAAACGUGUCGAUUAGUUGCUACUUCAGCACACCGGUUGUGCGUUGGAGAGUGAACCCAGAACAUUAACAAUUCGAGUCCCGUGACUUUUCGCCUGUAAUUACAACCAGCAUCAUCGGGCGCCUGAUGAGGCUGGAUGGGUAAAAUUGUUCGUGAGGACUUACGUGUUGGUCUUGAGUUGAACACAAUUUUCACAAUCACGGGGUCAGGGAACUUUUUGCUUUUUUACCGAGGGGCCGAACGCGAGACUUGCAAAUACCUUUAAGUGGACUACGGCAAAGAUUCCCCCGUGUAGCCUGAACAGGCUGUUAGAGCAAGUGCUUGUUGAAGACCGUGGCAUGUGACGGGGGGCGGAGGGGGGGGGUGAUGGCCAGCACCACGACCCGACUGUAGAUUUUUCUCCGCAGCGUUGAUGUUUACGCACUGCACCGGGUGCUCGUUUUUAAGGCUAAGUCAGCCCGAUGGGAGAGGGCCUCCUUCUCGUACCCGAUUUGGCGCAGCUAGGAUGCUCGCCGGCCACGUCACCGUUUGUUGGGACGCCCCACGUGAUCGUGGCAACGCGCACCCCCUUACUGGACGCCAGUGAAAAAAAGCUUCAUAGCUCAUCGGAUUUCUUCCUCCGGUUUAAAGAAAGAUUCUGAUUCUGAAAUAAAUGAACGAAGUCGCGGCCCGUGGUCUGAGCCGUCGCCCAAUCAAACUCUCCCCCCCUCCACCCCCAUUCUAUUUUUUUUUUUACAGAAAUUGACAUUUUAUCCACGCUUUUAUUUUAUAAAAAAAUUUUCCAAAUGUGUUUUGACUCGAAUACAAUGUAGCACUUAUUUCAGCAGAGUGGAAGGAAAUCCGAUGGCUGGCUCUCAUACAGUCACCUAAUGCUUCCCCUAUCCCCGUCACAUUUCCUACGGAACCCGACAAGAACAUUUAAUAUUUUCAGUCAUGGCAAUUGAACGAACGCAAUGCUCCCCAUCAUUUUUUUUAUUGCAUCUCGCCCUCGCCCCCUCCCCAUCUUUCGCAUCGAUACAACAACAACAACAAAGUCCCAAAAAAUCGUGCUUAGAUAUGACAAUUAUUUCGGACAAUCCGAAUUUGUUUGCGUAAAAUUAUUUCGGAUAAACACGUAAAUAGGAAGUGACGUAACAUCCGUGCGCUUGUCCCACCUGAAGAAAAACUGAACUAGACUACUUUUGUUUUACCAGGGGUAAGGUCCCACUGAGAUAUGUAGCUUCCCUGGCCAUCGCAAACGAGAGCUCAACGAAGUGGCUCAUCGACACUUGGACAUUCAUAGCAGCAAAGAAACAUUUGAACGCGCGAUGUUGUUAAUUCUAAAUGUGGAGGGAUAAACCCGGAGGACCCAGAGAAAAAUCCACGCGGCCACGGUGAGAGAGGAGGGAGAGAGUCACGGAAACUCUACGUAUACAGCAGCAGGCGUCAGGGUCUGGAUCGAACCCACGACCUCCUGCAUACCAGGCGAGGCAGUUAACAUCUCCUAGCCACCAUGGCGCCUGGUGUCGAGAUAUCGUCACCACUUUCGCUGACACGCAAACGCGUGAACGAACAAGGUGUGGUUACUUGCAAGGGAUCGGGUAAAAAAAAAAGAAACCAACAACAAAACUUAGGUGACAAAUUGUCCUUUUGCAAAAUAAUUUUUUUAAAUCGGAAAUCAGGAAAUGUGACAUUCGAAACUCGCCCUGGACUUGCGUCUAACACCUGGGCACCUCGUCAGCAUCGUUUCGAGCAAAUCGUGCGCUCCCAGAAGGCCGUGUGGCUAGUGAGAAGUAAAAAAAUACAAACACAGAUUUAAAUUUAUUUUACGUAAAAAAUAAAAUCUGUUUGUAUUUUUUCCUCUGGUGUCAACACAAUACCAAUUUUCGUGGUCUCAAUAGGGUGGGAAGGGCGGUGGGGGGGGGGGGUUAUUGCCCCAUCCACCCCCCCCCCGGUUCCGCUCCUGAGCAUCUUAAAAUGUUGCCCGCGUAACGCAAUCGUUCAGUCUGGUGCGUGGUCAGCUCAGGGAGUGCGACAAUCGGUACGGUUGGAGAGGGGGGGACGGCCCCAAUUUUUUAUUUGUCUCUCACGUUGUCUGUCAAGGGGGGCACCCAACUAAAGUUGUUUUAUUUUUAUGUUUGUUGUUAUUUUACCAGCUAAGGCCCACUGAGCUCCACACCUCUUUCUUUUCAAAAGCGGCCUGCCCGCCACAAGCGAUAUCGCUCAACCGAGUGGCGGUAUCGUGCGGGCGGGCGGCUAUCGAGUGUGCAGGCGGUGCAACUGCGUCUCGGGGUGAGUGCAGCGGUACGAAGAGGGUAGAGGACGGGGGGCGGUGAUGGUGGAAGUUGGACAGGUGACUCCUGGUUGCAUUGCGAGCAGCGUGGUGUGGGGUGGGCCCGGCCCCCCGUGCCCGCCAAGGUUCAGUGCCACCGCUGGCGAUGUGGCGCUGUGAGCAGGGAGGGUCAUGGCGCCAUCUGACAGGUGGUCUACGGCAUUCGUGGCAUUACCACGAAGUGAAUGAGACAUCGAAAUUGCCUCGUGGGUUCCCCGGUGCUGCCGCUGCUGCUACGUCGCCCUCCGAUGCGUUUUCUCUUACCGGGAGGAGCGGGGGGGGGGGGGUGUUGUUCGGCACGAUGUCCGACGUUUCGCCCCACGUGCCUGCCGGGAGAUUUCGCCGUCUGCACAACCGGGCAGCUGUGCCGGUGACACGGCUCAUGAAGAACGGGCGUGGGGGGCGGG